AUGGAUACUAAUUCGUGUGAACGAAGGGAAAUGCUUGGAAACAACUACAUUUCUGUCCUCAGCAAUCAAGUGACAGUCGAUGCUCUGAGGGCGUUCUGCCUCCAAGGAGGCUUGCGCACGUCCAAUCUCCGUUCUAUUGUCUGGAGGAACCCGUGGCAGCAGUACUUCGCGGAUCAUGACUUGCGUGAUCUCAUAUCAAAAGAUGUUGGAAGGACUUUCCCUGAACUUGAAUUUUUUCAACAAGAUCACGUCCGCCGAAUGAUGUGCGAUAUUCUUUUGAUUUAUGCUAAAGAAAAUCCUUUCGGAAUGCACGAGAUUCUUGCUCCACUCAUUUUUGUGCUCUUUUCCGAUCAGCAGUCUUUUUCACACUGUGAAGAAAGUGGAGGUUUAAAGAUGCUUUCGGCAGAUGAUUGUUCAAUUUUAUCACAUGUUUAUGAUCCAAAUUACUUGGAGAACGAUAGCUAUGCCAUGUUUUGUGAGAUCAUGCUCGAAUUGGCGAAGUGGUAUGAAGAUGGGUCACCAGCAGGCUCUACGUCAAAACCUUUUGAUGAGACAGGACCGUAUAUGCGGAUUCAAGAUGCAGUUCCAACAAGCGAGAUAAUGCGUGAGUUGUCCUCGAUCGGUCAGCGUCUACACGCCGUCGACCCAGUUUUGUCGGAUCAUCUACGUAAUUUUGAUAUUCCACCGCAGUUCCGAUGGCUACGACUGCUAUUUGGAAGAGAGUUCGCAAUACACGAUCUGCUCCAUGUAUGGGAUGUCAUCUUGUGUGAUCGACCAAUCUCAAGAAUGGUGGAAUGCGUAUACGUGGCUAUGCUCGUACAAAUUCGACAUCUUUUGCUACAGUCCGACUAUGGCGGUUGCUUGCAAUAUUUGAUGAGGUAUCCUCCAGUCAUGGAUGUCUCUGCUUUUAUUCAACAAGCUCUCCGUUUUAGAAAUCCCAAAAGAUAUUCAAGUCAAUCGGGAACCAAUCCUUUGGGGAAUUUUUCCCACCUUACUAUCACAGGUGGACACCAUCCAAAUCGUUCUCGUCAAGAAUUCUUAUCAUCGGGUAAAAUAGUCCAGGAUGAAGCUGAAAUGCUUCUGAUGGAGGAACAAGUUGCGUGUCUUCAAAUUAAACUAAACCAGAAGGAUAUCAUUUGUUCCGAGGCUGCACAAGGAAUUGAAUGGUGUGUUGGGCAGUUGCGCAAAGGUACUGAGCACACAGUGUCUGAACUUUGCGAGAAGCUCAUGGAAAUCAGAAGAAAUAUCACUACAGAUUACCCCAAUGGACAAUACAUGGCGAAUAUACCUCAACCACGUCAUAUACAACGAGAAAAUGAAAUGGUCGAUCUCAGAUUGCCACCAACGAGAUGA